CCUGCUAUGUUCUGCUUACUCUCAUGAGCGUCUGUGUCGAUCUCCAAUCGUAUAUGCUGCAGUGUACCAAUAGCUUCGAGUAUUAUACAAAGAGAUCUACUCCCUCCCCCACUCACCCACUCUCUCUCCUCCGUUGUGUGUUCUGCUCCGAGGACGGUGCACUUCGGCGAUCAGGGUGGAAUUACAUUUAUUUAAUUUACGUUCAGUUAUGCCCAUCUAUGGUUUUUUCUGGAGAGAAUCCCUGUUGGAAAAUGAGAUGGAUAUUCGUCUUUGAUGAUAUUUCGACGGGAAAUUGCGUAUUUUGACCAACCGUGUGGAUAACAAAGAGAAUGGAACACCGAGGCUGGGGAUGGCAGGCUCUGUGGUGGCAUCAUUUCUUCCUUUUGUGGAGUACAACAGACGCACAGACUCGGUACAGCAUCCCGGAGGAACUGGAAAAAGGCUCACUGGUUGGAAAUGUAGCCAGAGAUCUGGGUUUGGGAUUGUCGGAUAUUUUUGUGCGUAAAUUACGCGUAGCCUCCGAGGCUGGUGAGCAAUAUUUCAGUGUGGAUGCGGGAAGGGGAGAGCUGGUGGUGAACGAUAGAAUAGACAGGGAGGCUUUGUGCGGACAAAGCGCCAGCUGUUUAUUACCUUUGCAAAUAGUGAUAGAAAACCCGCUGCAGUUACACCGGAUGGAGGUAGAAAUUAAAGACGUGAACGACAACGCUCCCACUUUUCUGAAAAGCGAUCACGUCAUAGAAAUCGCUGAAUCUAGAGUGGCGGGUGUUCGUUUCCCCUUAGAAAUGGCAGAGGAUCCCGAUGUUGGAAGUAAUGGAUUAAAGACGUACACUCUGAGCAAAGAUGAGUGUUUUACUCUUAAAGUAAAAGAAAUUGAAAACGGUCGAAAGAUUCCGGAGCUGGUGCUGACUAAAUCCUUAGAUCGAGAGAAAAAAGCUGUUCACAGUUUGUUCCUAACCGCUGUGGACGGAGGGAACCCGGUGAAGUCUGGCACUUCAAAGAUUACAAUAAAUGUGCUUGAUAUUAAUGACAACGUGCCGCAGUUUGAAAAUGCAUUUUAUAAAGUAGAUGUGAAGGAAAAUAUCGCAAACGGAUCGUUUGUUAUUUCAACAAGAGCGGCGGACGUUGAUGAAGGUCCAAACGGGGAGAUUGAGUACUCUCUCGGAGUACACACACACCCAUCAGUGCUGGAAUUGUUUUAUGUGGAUGCUGCAAGUGGAGACAUUUAUUUAAAACGCCAGUUAGACCACGAAACUCAAAGCUCAUACCGUAUCGACAUUAGUGCCAAAGAUAAAGGGUUCCCUAAAAUGGAGGGCCACUGCACCGUUCAGGUGGAUGUCAUUGAUGUAAACGAUAACGCUCCAGAAAUCAUUCUAACUUCAAAAUCCACGUCUGUGCCUGAGGACUCAAGUAGUGGGACUGUAGUUGCUCUACUUAGCGUUCGUGACCUUGAUUCUGGCGAUUAUGGAAAAGUGACUUUGCAGCUCCUUAAAACGUCAUCCUUUGCUCUCAAACCGUCUUUUUCUAAUAAUUAUGCGCUCAUCACAAACGGUCCUUUAGACCGUGAAAGCAUCUCUGACUAUAGUAUUGAAGUUACAGCGAAAGAUUCAGGUACUCCUCCUCUCCUCAGUACAAAAACUAUUCCUGUCAGCAUCACUGAUGUUAAUGACAACCCUCCAGUUUUUACGCAGAGGUCUUAUAACGUGUAUUUAAAGGAGAACGGAGUUCCGGGUUCUAUUCUGUUCUCAGUAUCUGCGUCUGACCUGGAUUCAGGUGAAAACGCAAAGAUCUCUUACUCCAUUCUGGACUCGAAAGUCCAGGACGUGUCCGUGUCCUCCUAUGUUUACAUGAACUCAGAGAACGGCAGCAUCUACAGCAUGCACUCGUUUGACUAUGAGAAGCUGAAGGUGUUUGAGAUCCACGUUCAGGCAAAGGACCAGGGCUCUCCUUCUCUCAGCAGCAACGCUACUGUCCACGUCUUUAUCCUGGACCAGAACGAUAACGCCCCCGCCGUCAUUUACCCCUCCUCCGCUGCUCUGGGCUCCCUCUCUCAUCAGAGGAUGCCCCGCUCCGCCAAAGCGGGUCACCUGGUUACCAAGGUGACGGCGGUGGACGCUGACUCCGGCCAUAACGCCUUGAUCUCCUACAGACUGGCGGAGGCCACAGACGCCUCUCUGUUCACCGUCAGUCUGUACACAGGAGAGGUGAGGACUAAACGCGCUGUGUCCGAGCAGGACGACUCCUCUCAGAGGCUGAUCCUAGAGAUCAAAGACGACGGAGAGCCGCUCCAAUCCGCCACCGUCACGGUGUCCAUCCUGCUGGAGGACGCUCUCCACGAGCCCAUCUCAGAGCUGCGACACCACAAAGCGUCCGAGCCCAGCAAGAAAACGGGCAGAAUCACCCUUUAUUUGAUUCUGUCUCUGGCCUCGGUGUCCGUGCUGUCUCUGCUGACUUUUGUCAUCUUAGCGGUGAAAUGCAUGAGGAACAGCAGAAGCAGCGGCAGCUGCUGCUGCAUGAGACGCAGCGACUCGGAUGAUUACAAGAACCCCAACAGAAACCUGCAGAUUCAGCUCAACACCGAUGGACCUAUCAAGUACGUGGAGGUCCUGGGAGGAGACAUGAUGUCUCAGAGUCAGUCCUUCAGGUCCUGCAUGUCUCCCAUGUCAGAGUACAGUGAUUUCACUCUGAUUAAACCCAGCAGCACCACAGACUUUAAGGAGGUCAUCAGUGUGCUGGAUGCCUCUUUACCUGACAGCACCUGGACAUUUGAGAGUCAACAGGUGAGCAACAACUAAUACUACAUUGCUAACGCACUGUAUUACGUGUAUUUCUGGAAAAUAUGUUUUAAAAGUGUGUCAUUUCACGGUAAUAAAAAGCCAAAAUAUCUUGUGAUUUACUUUUUUUCUUACCUAUGUUAUUGUAUAUUUGGCUUUUUCUACUUUAAUUUCUAAUAAUGAUGGAAUUUCUUUGAUAUAUUUGUAUCUAUAGUUUUUAUUGAAAACUAUUUGGCUAACAGUCACUUUUCCUAAUCAAAAAUAUUACUUUAUAGUAAUGCUGGAAUUGCAAGCGUCUAAUUGCUGAAUAGCACACCUCAGUGGAUGUUAAGUUCAAGAUCACUUAGCUCACCGUGUUUCUAAAGUGCAAUUUCUUUCUUACUUUUACAUCACAUCAGAUUUCAGCACCACUUUUCUGGACAGCGAAUCUUGAAUAAACUGUUGUGGCAACAGUACAGACCAUUGAGCCACUGGCGUACCUGAGCGGGUCGACCAAUGAUCAAGGGGCGGCUUUUCAAUUCCCACUCAGUGUCCUUGGGCAAGAUACUUCACCCACCCUGCCUCCAGUGUGGCUCCACUGGUUUUUGAAGAAUAUCUCGGUGAUGGUCAGAGGGGCCCUAGGCGCGUACUGGCACACCGUUGUCUGUCUGCCCCAGGGCAACCGUGGCUACAUUGGUAGCUUACCAUCACCUAAUAUGAAUGAGGAGUGAAUGAAUAAUGGACACAUUUUAAGCACUUUGAGCAUCUGGAAAAGCACAAACAAAUUCAAUCCAUUACUGUUAAUAUUAUUUAACCAAAUGCUCAAUUACCCAUAUUCAUUUGAACUGAAAAAAAAAAAAAAA